AUGCUGUCAAAAGGUCUCAGGAUCUUCUCAAAGCGCAAAUAUAAGCAAGGAAACUUCAAGCAGUGCCUACAGGAUAGGAAUUGCGAAUGGAUAACUACAAUUGCCUGCAUCUGUGCUGAUGGGACCUUGCUAUCCCCAGUGCUUAUUUACCAGGCAGCUAGCAGUGAUAUACAAGAUACCUGGCUACAGGAUUUUGAUCCUCAACACCACAAGACCUUUUUUGCCUCCUCUCCAAGUGGUUGGACAAAUGACAAGCUUGGAUAUGCCUGGUUGACUGGAGUUUUUGACCGGGAGACAAAGGAUAAAGUACAGAGGCAAUGGAGGCUCUUAUUCCUUGAUGGCCAUGGAUCUUACCUUACCAUGAAGUUCUUCAAUUACUGCGAUGACAAUAAGAUCCUUUUAGCAAUAUAUCCUCUACAUUCAACGCAUUCACUGCAGCCGCUUGAUGUUGGGAUCUUCAGCCUGCUUUCCCACGCCUACAGCAGCGAACUGGAGGCAUAUCUGUAUAUAUCCAUGGGACUAAGUCAUAUUAUAAAACGGGACUUCUUUCGCCUCUUCUUCCCGGCCUGGGUAAAGGCCUUAUCAAGCAAAAAUAUUAUAUCUUCUUGGAGAAUAGUUGGAAUACAUCCCUUCAACCCUGAAAUUGUUCUGGCGAGAUUUAGCAGAGAACUGCAGUCAAGGCCAUCAACAAGUGAGUCCUCGCGCUCUAUAUUAGGUGCAGAAGACUGGCGGAAGAUCAAGAAGCUCCUCCAUGAUGUUGUUGAGGAUGUAUACAGUGAAAAUACCAGGAAGCUUAGUUUGGCCAUGCAUAACCUCUCUACAGAGAAUAUUCUUCUAAAGCUUCAAUGCGAGGGCCUCCAGAUAGCCCUCCAGAAUGAGAAGAAGAAGUGUCAGCGUGGAAAGCCUUUACAAUUUCAAUUAAAAGCUUUAGAUGAUGGUGGUGCAGUUUUUUACUCCCCUCAAAAAAUUCAGCAGGCGCGAGACCUUCAGCUUGGAAAGGAAAGAGCUGCUGAACAGCUAAAGGCCUCUAAAGAGGAGCAAAAGGUCCGCCGGCAGCAAGAGAAAGAGGCAAAGCAGCACCUGAUUAAGGAUCGCAGGAAAAUCUGGGCAUCUCAGUGA